UAUGCAAAUUUGUAGAGCUGCUCAAAGGGAAAUUUGAAGAGAAACUAUAUAUUGAAAAAGAAAUGUUUGACCGUAAAAUGUCUUAUAGAUGUAGUUCAUGCUUUGAUAAACCCGAAUCGACCUGAUUUGUUUCAAAAAAAAAAUUUAGGGUUUUGUUUUUCAAAUGUCCUCUGAAAAUGUUUCUUAAAACUUCCCUUGUUUCUUCAAAAUCAUCUUUCAAUGUUAGAUUUUCAUCUUCAUCUAUUCUUUCUUCAGUUUCCCAAAAUCAACACACCAAAUCACCACCCAAACACAUCUCCACUCUUAAGCACCAUUCUCAACUUUAUAAUUUCCUUCGUGUAAACUGCAGGUCAGGUAACUUUUCUCUUGAUGAAGCUUUUGAUUCCUUCAAUUAUAUGAUUCAUAUGCACCCAACUCCUGCUAUGUCUUCCUUCAGUAUUUUGUUUUCUGCACUUGUUAAGAAAAAACAUUUUGAUCAACUUCUUGUGAUGUACACGAGAUUCAUUUCAGCUGGGUUGUUGCCGGAUUUCUUUAUUUUGAAUAUUUUAAUUGAUUGCUUAAGAAAAAUGGCACGCGAUUCUGAUGGUUUUGUAGUUCUUGGGAGUAUUUUUAGGAGGGGUUUUUACCCAAACGCUUUGACUUUUAACAAUCUGAUUAAUGGUCUUUGUAUGGCGGGCAAGAUUAAGAAGGCCAUUGAAUUUUUUAGGAAAAUGGUUUCGGUUGGUUGUAGACCGGAUGCGGUUACAGUUGGGACUUUGAUUGCUGGGUUGUGUAGAACUGGUAAUGUCACUGUUGCCCUUCAGUUGUUUGAAGAAAUGAAUAACGGGAAUGGUGAAUUUGGUGUCAUUUGUAAGCCUAAUAUUGUUUGCUAUACUACAAUUAUUGAUGGUCUCUGCAAAUAUGGGUUAGUAGACAAGGCAAAGAAACUGUUUUCAGAAAUGAAGACCAAGGGCAUUAAUCCAGACGUGAUUACUUACACCACUCUAAUUUAUGGUUUGUCUAAUACAUCUAAUUGGGAGGAGGCUAAAACUUUGUUUAUAGAGAUGUUGGAGGAAGGUGUAAAACCUGAUGUGGUGACAUUUGGCGUGGUAAUUGAUAAGCUCUGUAUCAAUGGAAAGAUGGACGAAGCCAAUGGGUUGUUCCAACUAAUGAUUAAUAGAGGUGUUUGUCCCAACACAAUAACUUAUAACACACUUUUGAGUGGUUUUUGCUUGGCAGGUCAAAUUGAUGAUGCUAGAAGGCUAUUUGAUUCCAUGGCAAGUAUGGGGUGUAAGCCUGAUGUUUUUAGCUACAAUAUUUUGAUGGAUGGUUUAUGCUUGACAAAUAAAAUUGAUGAUGCCAAGGAACUUUUAGCCUCAAUGUUGAGUAUGGGAUGCACACCUGAUGUAGUUAGCUACAAUACUCUGAUCAAAUGGUAUUGCAAGAAUCGAAAAAUUGAUAAAGCCUUGAAUCUUUAUGAGGAAAUGACUUCAGAGGGAGUUAGGCCAGAUGUUGUUGCUUAUAAUACCUUGCUAUCUGGGCUUUUUAUGAACGGUAAUGUCAGACAUGCGAAAAAGCUAUUUGAAUAAUGAGACUUUAAAAGUGGUGGAACUUCUUCACAAAAUGAAAGAGAGAAACGUGAAACCAGAUGCAUCCACAGGUUCAAUAAUAUUAGAUUUACUGGGAAAGCAUGAAGAUUAUCAUGAAGUCCUGAAUUUGCUACCAUCCUUCUCAACCCAAGAACCAGCAGGAUGUUGAUUGUUGAGUACGUGCAUUUUCCAGGGGAGUAUAGCUUAUCAAGAGAGCCCUGGCAAACGUUAAAGUUUCCGUGUAAAGGUGUGUGCCAACAUUGUAGUGGUGAUUGUAUUUAUGUGAAUCCAUUAAUGAAGAAGUCAUAUAAUUGAAGUUAUAGAUUUUGUCUUCAUCUCUGUCGAUUUGGCUUGACUACCAAGUUGCUAUAUUUCUUUGGAGAGAUGAAUCCCCUUGACAAAGUCUCUAGUAAGAAGUUGGUGGUAGCUGAUGCUAAGUUGAACUUGGAUGAUGAUGCUGCCUUCCUGGUAGAAGGGAAUCUCUCUUGUGAUCCAUCACUAGAGGGUCCUUGAGAGGUUUCGAUACAUUUACUUCUCGAUUUAUUGUUUACGUGGAAUAAUUAUUCUUAAUAGUAACUGCCAAACAAGUACACGAAGAUUCAAGUCUGGUUAGUGAUUAAGAGAGUUGUGGUGCUUUUUGGAUAUUCUAUAUGGCAACCAAAUUCUUCUGAUUAAUUUGGCGAUUUUCUUCUGCA